GAUGGCUUGCCAUUGCAAAGCGGAGUAACAAAACACCGGUCUACUUUUUGAUCUCCACAUUUUUGGAUGUUUCUUUUGCCAUCUCUUUGUGUAGGACACAGUUACGUGCGUGUGUGUGCGCGCGUGCGCGUGUGUGCAUGUGUGUGUGUAUCAACUCGUGAGGUCAAUUUUCACACAAUCAUAGUCGGAUUUGGUGUUACACCGGGACUGCUCGGGGUCCACAGAGUUGCUCGCAGGCUUUGAUGUAGACUGCCUCGCUGAUCGGAGAUCAGAUUACACGCGUUAGAUCCGACCGUCCCUCCGCCUUUGAUCUCGGCGCUGGUUCAGUCUUCGGUCCGGUGGUUCUUGCGAACUGGGGCGGCGCAGAGCAGCACGUCGGCGGGACUGACAUGGUGCGGAGAGCCGCGCUGCAGGAAAACGCCAGAGCUCUCGCCGGUCUGGGAAAACAAACCGCCCGUUAAGACUCCGCGACUAGGGACCCGCCUGUUGAACCAGCACGCGCUUUGUGAACAGUGGUGCAUCAAGAUGAGCUGGAUGUUGCAGCACACCUCCAUAGUUCUACUGACCUUAUACUUAAUACACCUGCGUCUGGUGUCUGCCGGGGCUGCGGGGGCGGAGGAAGUGGAGGAGGCUGCGGAGCGGAGCAGAGCGUGCAGGGAGCAGGAGUACCAGGAGGCGUCGGGCCGCUGUAAGGCCUGUCAGCAGUGUGACGCCGGGCAGGAGCUAUCAAAGGAAUGUGGCUUUGGUUACGGAGAGGAUGCCCGGUGCGUGCCCUGCCGGAGCAGCCGCUUCAAAGAGGAGCGCAGCCUGCAGAAGUGUAAGCCCUGUCUGGACUGUGGACUCCUCAACCGGUUCCAGAAGGCCAACUGCUCCACCAUCAGCAAUGCUGUGUGUGGGGACUGUCUGCCUGGAUUUUACAGGAAGACAAAACUGAGUGGUUUUCAAGACAUGGAGUGCAUUCCCUGCGGGGACCCCCCACCUCCAUAUGAACCUCACUGCAUCGGACGUGUAAAUCUGGUGCCACUGCCAUCGGUGGUGACCAGUCCGAGGGACAUGGCCCUGGCAGCGGUCAUCUGCAGCGCUUUGGUGACCGUGCUGCUGGCCCUGCUGGUUCUCUGUGUCAUCUACUGCAAGAGACAGCUGUUGGAGAAGAAGCCCAGUGCCUCUCUGAGGUCCCAGGAUGGUCCCUACUGUGGGGCAGAACUGUCCCAUCUGGAUCAGCACUGGCUCCAUGACUUCCCCCACAGACCCUACUGCCAGUGUCACCUGGGUGCCGGACAUACCUGUGGUCCAGUCCAUCUGAUCCCAUCUCUGUGCUGUGACGAGCGCUGCAGUCUGGGCCACAGCCAAGACACCAGCCCCUUCCAGUCUCAGACGAGUCUCAGUGACGGAAACAUGAACCUUGAUGAGGGGAGCACCACGGCCGGUCUGGGAGCACAUCCAGAGUCCAUCUCCACAGAGGUGGGCGACACACGGCCACUCGCGCAGAUCCCUGAGUGUUCAGAGCAGUCGGGCCAGGCUGUGUCCAGGCCAACCGCGGGUGGAGCGGAGGCAGAGGGCGAAGGAGAGGAGGGAGAGCACGAAGAAGGAAGUCCCAGGUUGACAGAUAAUGAAUUGGAAGAUUUCACCCAACCGGACUGGACCAGACAGAGUCACAGCCAAGCCCCAACAGAUGUGCCUCUUCUCAUGCAGAACCUGUAGUCUGUGGAAGGAUGAAAUUCUUUUCUUUUCUUUUUUUUUGCCCUAUGUUCCACCCGUAAACCACCCGGGACUGUUCAGCAGCGACAGCCUGGUCCUGUUUCAGAUUACCACCAGUCCUUGCAUGGUUUGCACCAGCCGCCCUCCAGUGUGGUCACAUGCCCCCUUUCGGACUCCUGCUGUCGAACUUGCAGCCCCUAAUUAAAGGGUUUGAAUGGAAUAUGUAUAUGAAUGCAAAGCAUAAGCAGCUCUUACAAAAAACACAACGCAAGAGGAGAAAGGUACACGUCAAUACAGAGUUACACAUGUGCAUAAUGUGAACAUGCUGGUCCAGAAGGGGAAGUGAAUGAAGUUUAUAUGAUGCAAAGCAGGAGCAUUUGGGAGCCAUAGAUCUUGCAGACGGUGUUUAAUGAAGCUGUUGUUUCCAAGUGUCAAGUUGUAACUUUGCGAUGUAAAGAAGUGUUGACAGUGGGAUGGUGCACACUGAAGAGUCUAGUUAGGUCAGGGCUGUUCAAAUGCUGGCCUGAACCAGGCCCUGCUCUCAUUUCAGAUAGGUCCUUUUAAUUAAUUCGGCACCACUAUUUAACCCAAAAAAAAUAAAAGAGAGAGAGAAGCAGUUUCACUGUAAAUAAGAGAGGAGGUUGUUUUUCUUUGCCCCGCCCUGGUGCUGCGGACAGCCAAUGGGAAGCACUUGUCUAUGCUGUCAACACGAAGCGCAGAGACGAGCUGCGGCAAGUUCUGACGCUCUUCCACCGAGCAGCUAACUCGGGGAUUGAACCAAACUAGUUGCCAAAACGUCCUCUCUCCUCUGAAAAAAGAAAAGCACACAAUGGAGAGAAGCGGUUUAACAGAGUGGGUGGAGGAGUAUUUGUUUGCGCAUGCUGUUACAAGCCUUUCAAUUUAGCUGCAUAAUGUCUUUUGCAAGUCUACUAAAAUAUUAUUGGGGAAAAAGUACCAGUACUUGAUCGCAUUUGUUUGAUUGUUGUUAUGCACUGUUAGUAUAUUCCUGUAUUCACAAUUACAGGCCAAAAAGCCUGUAUAAAGGAAGGUAGUUUAAAUGCACUAGAUGUUUGCUAAGCUGUCAGUUCACAGUGCCUUUUACACAGCUCAAGAUGAUGUUUUUUUGCCUUCUCAUGUGUAUUUAAAAGUUCUCGAUUCAAAGUUGGAAAAUUAAAACUGUAUAUGACAUCAAUUUCAGUUUCAUAAUCUGGCCCUAAUUGUAAAGUAAUAGCCCUAAUCUAGGUGAUACUGAACAAUUUAAGACAAUGAGGAAUGUUUGUGAUAUGCUAUUCGAUGUAGAUACUGUACAAUAGUGAACAGGUCAAUAUUUUUGUAAUAUAGAAGUUAUAUCCACAGUGAGCUUGUCUUUUCUUCUGUCUGUUGUUGGAUUGGUGGUUGUGCAUGCUCCCUUCCACAUAGGCAUUUGAUAUUACGUCACAUAUUUGUAAAUAAAACACUUA